AUGUUGUUCACUCCCACCCUCCGCGACCCCUCCCUCUUCAUCACCAAGGGCUACAUCAACGGCGAAUGGCUGAGCACAUCUAGCACCGAAGAGACCUUCGACGUAAUCAACCCAUCCAAUGGCACUGUAAUCGCCAAAAUCCCCGAGAUGGGGGCACGCGACGUCUCCUCCGCGUCACAAUCAGCCGAAAGCGCCUUCAACUCCUGGCGCGACAUAUCGCCCAAGCAGCGCGGGAAGAUCGUUCGGAAAUGGGCGGAUCUGAUGCUCGCCAACGCCGGUGAUCUGGGGAUGAUCCUGACGCUGGAGAACGGGAAACCCUACGCGGAAGCCAAAGGCGAGAUCGCAUUCGCCGCUGGCUACCUCGAGUUCUACGCUGGUGAAGCCGAACGCCAGUACGGCGACAUCAUCCCCGCGGCUAACACGCGAAAUCGCCAGUUCGCUAUCAAGCAGCCCAUCGGCCCUGUGGCCUGCCUUGUGCCCUGGAACUUCCCUGCGGCUAUGAUCACGCGCAAGGCCGGGGCUGCCAUCGCCGCCGGGUGCACGGUGGUAUUGAAGCCGGCGGGGGAGACGCCCUUGACGGCGCUGGCGCUGGCGUAUCUGGGCGAGCAGGCGGGGAUUCCCAAGGGGGUGUUGAACGUGGUGACGAGUCUAAGACGAUUGCAGGAGGUUGGGCUGGCGCUGUGCGAGGAUCCCAUUCUGCGAAAAUUGUCCUUCACGGGGUCGACGAGCGUGGGGAAACUUCUGAUGCAACAGUGCGCGAACUCGUUGAAGAAGCUGUCGAUGGAGCUGGGGGGGGAACUCGCCGUUUAUUAUUUUCGACGACUGCGACGUGGAUGCGGCCGUCGAGGCGUUGAUAGGGGCCAAAGUACGCAAUUCCGGACAGACAUGCGUGUGCGCGAAUCGCAUCUACGUGCAGCGCGGGAUCGGCGAGAAGGUGGCGCAAGCUCUCGUGGCAAAAUUCCAGGCGUUGAAAACGGGGAUGGGUUCGAGGAGGGCGUUGUGGUUGGACCUUUGACAAUUGCAAGGGGAGUGACGAAGGCGCAGGCACAUGUGGAAGAUGCUCUCAGUAAAGGGGCGAAACUGUUGCAUGGCGGGAAACCCAUCGAGGGAUCAGGCAACUUCUUCGAACCGACAGUGUUGACGGACAUGACCGAGCAGAUGUUGUCGCACGACGAGGAGAUCUUUGCGCCGGUCGCGGCGCUGUAUCCAUUCGACACCGAAGCUGAAGUUAUUGCGCUGGCGAACAAGUCGGACGUGGGUUUGGGCAGUUAUAUUUGCACGCGGGACAGCGCUCGCAUAUGGCGAGUGGCCGAGAAACUGGACACGGGCAUGGUGGGCGUCAAUACAGGCGUCAUUGCUGGAGGCGAAUUGCCCUUUGGUGGAGUCAAGCACAGUGGGUUUGGUACUGAGGGGGGAAGAUGGGGGGUUGAGGAGUUUACCGUCACUAAGGCUAUUAUAGUGGCGGUGCCAGAUGCUUAG